AUGAACGGUGCCGGCAGCCCUUACAGCCAGCCUCCUGCGUGGCAGGAGCAUCGCACGCCCGAUGGCCGAGCCUACUACUACAAUGCAGCUACUAAGGUCACGCAAUGGACCAAGCCAGAAGAAAUGAUGACUCCGGCUGAGAGAGCCCUCGCCAACCAGCCAUGGAAAGAGUACACUGCCGAAGGCGGUCGCAAGUAUUGGUACAAUACCGAGACAAAAACGAGCUCCUGGGAGAUGCCUGAUGCCUACAAGAAGGCUUUGGGCGCCACCAGCGGCCCAAGCACACCUGCGCCUGCGCCGUACGACCGAGGUGCACCUUCUGACAGGUACUCCAAUGACCGUUACGAUUCUUAUCGCGACCAUCGCGAUACUUUCCACGAGUCACGCCAGUUGACGUUUGGUAACGACACGACAGCUAAAGCGUUCGUCCCCGCGAGCAACGAGCCUGAGUUUGCCACACAGGAAGAGGCUGAGGCCGCGUUCAACAAGCUGCUCAAGCGCAGCGGCGUACAAGCUGACUGGAACUGGGAGCAGGCGCUGCGAACCAUCGCAAAGGACCCCCAGUACAGGGCAAUCAAAGACCCGAAGGACCGAAAAGCAGCUUUCGAGAAGUACUGCCAUGACAUGAUCGUCCAAGACAAGGAGCGCGCAAAGGAGAGACUGACAAAGUUGCGUACUGACUUCGAGACCAUGCUCAAGCGCCACCCCGAGAUCAAGCAUUACACGAGGUGGAAGACGGCACGGCCCAUGAUCGAAGGUGAGACCAUAUUCAGGUCUACGGACAACGAGACCGAGCGCCGCCAGCUGUUCGAGGAGUACAUCGUUGAGCUCAAGAAGGCCCACAUGGAGAACCAGGCAGCUAUGCGCAAAACUGCUAUGGACGGUCUGAUUGAUCUCCUUCCGAAGUUGAAUUUGGAGCCUUAUACGCGCUGGUCCGACGCGCAGAGCCUCAUUUCAUCCACGGCGCCCUUUCAGAAUGAUGAGAAGUACAAGACCCUGAGCAAGUUUGACAUAUUGAUCGCGUUCCAAAACCAUAUGAAGGCCUUGGAGCGCGCUUUCAACGACUCUAAACAGGAGCAGAAGAACAGAAAGUUCCGCAAGGAGCGCAAGGCUCGUGACGGUUUCAUCUCCCUCCUUGCCGAGCUCAGGAAAGAGGGCAAGAUCAACGCCAGCACAAAGUGGCGUCAGAUUUACCCCCUCGUCGAAAAUGACGACCGGUACAAGGCCAUACUCGGCCAGGGCGGCUCGGGUCCGCAAGAGCUCUUCUGGGACCUCGUCGAAGAAGAGGAGAAAGCGAUGCGCGGCGCCAGAAACGAUGUCUACGAUGUCAUUGACGAUGAGCGAUUUGAUAUCACACCCCAGACUACGUUUGAGGAGUUCUAUGGCGUUAUGAAGAAAAGUCGACGUACUGCUAACAUUGAUCGUGACAUUCUUCUGGUUCUCUUCGAACGAGCCAAGGAAAAGAGGUCGCUCAAGAGAUCGGACGACGAGAGACAGUCUGAACGUCAACAGCGAAGGGCAGCUGACGACCUCCGGGCGUACUUGAAGCGUAUGGAUCCUCCCAUAACCCUGGAUGACACGUACGAGAAGGUCAAGGUUCGCCUGGCGGAGACGCCCGCCUUCCAGGCUGUCACUUCGGAAGAUGCUCGCAUCGCCACCUUUGAUAGAUACAUGAGAAGACUCCGCGAAAAGGAGGAAGAGGCCGACCGUGACCGUCGGCGCAGACGUGGCCGUGACUCUAGCGAACGCGACCUGUACCGCGAAAGACCCCGGUCUAGAGGUGAGCGAUCUCAUCGUAGCAGUGGCCGUGCUACCAGGCGAAGUCGUAGCCCGGAGCCGGACGCGUACGAGGCGGACAGACGCAAAGCCAUUGCCGAGCGCGAGCGUAACCACCGUAAAUCAACCAUGGCCGAGAGCCUUCUCACCGUGGACCGGGAACGCCGGCUGUCACCUCCCCCUCGCCGUGAGAGGGAGCGUGAGCGCGACAGAGACCGCGAGCGCGACCGUGACUAUGAUCGCCACCGUUCUCGUCGCGACGACGAUAGUCAUUAUGACCGCGAACGACGGGAUAGGGAGGAGGAGCGGGAGAGGCUCUACCGACGACGCAUGGGUUCCUAUGACGAGCUUCCCUACGGCGAUGAGCGCCCGUCUGGAUCGCGACGCCGCCGCGACGAAGACGAAGAUGAUCGACGGGAUUCCAGAGACUCAAAGAGAGUGAGGAGAGAAAAAACACCUCGUGAGCGCACCCCCCAACGUGAUAUAUCGCGUCACAAGAACAGGACUCCGCCGCUAGCUACCGCACCCUCUGCUGUUGCCCCCAAGGACAAGGAAACGACGACGGUCAAGAACGCCCCGAAGGAAAAGGAAAAGGAGAGGGAGAAGGAGAAGGAAGACCCCGCUGGUGUCCACUCGGGGUCUGAAGAAGGCGAGAUCGAGGAGGACUGA